AUGUUACUACAGAGGUAGGAAAAAUGGCGGCAGUAAGUCACGGUCUUGGCGGAACGGCGAGCUUGUCAAAUCUUCGCAGCCUCGAAAAGAGCUUUGAGGACGCCCAGGUUACAGGAAAGUUAAACUUGAGUUGCAGGAAACUAAAGGAGUACCCAAAGAGCGCCAUCUCGUACGAUUUGAGCGACGUUACAUGUGCAGACCUGUCCAAAAACCGGUUCCAGGAGUGGCCGUUAGAAGUUUGUGACUACACCUCCCUGGAGAAUGUAGACCUUUAUAACAAUAACAUCAAAGCAGUGCCUGACAUGGCGGUCAACUUACAAUGUUUGACAUGGCUAAACCUCAGUCGGAACCAGUUGACAACCCUGCCCAUCCCCCUAUGUUACCUCCCACUACAAGUCUUAGUCGUCAGCAACAACAAACUGGUCUCUCUGCCUGAAGACAUCGGCAAGUUGAAAAAGCUCAUGAACUUGGAUGUGAGCUGUAAUGAGAUCAGCACACUACCCUUACAGAUUGGAGAGAUGGAAAAUUUACGAGAACUCAACAUCAGGAGAAACCACUUACAGACCUUACCAGAAGAGCUGUGUCAGUUGAGAAUAACCCGGCUGGACAUCUCCUGUAACAAGGUGACGUCCCUGCCUGCCUGCUACAGACAUCUACAGACUCUGUGUGAGUUUAUACUGGACAACAACCCACUCAUGUCACCACCUGCACAGGUCUGUACCAGAGGACGUGUGCACAUCCUGAAGUGGCUGUGUCAGGAGGCACACAGAGAGGACAGGAAACGGGACGUCAUGGAACAGAUCCUGGACAGCAAGCCCUGCAACGAGAGUUUGAAUGGUGAGGGGAGCCCCCAUGUACGGAUGGGCCUACCCAGUGCAGUGUCCCAGGGUAGUGUGGUCAUGGACUCAGGGUACAACACAGCUUCUGACACCAGUAACAAGAGAUGGUCUACACCAGAGAGUGAAGUACUAGAAGACGAAGACAAGCUGCUAGAACAGGUCGCACACCGUACCAAAGAACAGCGCCACCAACGCGCAGAGGCGUACUACGGCAAGAAGAUCCAGGAAGAACGGGAAAGAUAUCUGGCCGAAACGGGAGGACUAGGUUCGAAAUUGGAGGAAUACAGGGACCAAACGCUAGAGAGAAGGGAAGGGAGUUAUUCCACAGCAAUAAGAGACUUUGAAUCGAGAAACUUGCCAGUGCCAAAUGGCCAGGGAGAAGAGAUACACACAGUGGCGGCAAAAACAAAGGCUCCAGAUGUGGUUUUGGAAGGAGGAGGAGAAGAAGAAGAUGAAGAGAGAGAGAAAGAGGAGAGGAGGAGAGCAGCACAGGUGGUCCACAGAGAACAGGAGAAGGUGCUGAGGACCAAGAGAGCUCAGAACAGAAGGUGGAGCGAAACUGCUACUACUAGUUCUGGUCAGACCAGGGAAAGGUCGGCUCCUCUCUCUUCUGCUUCAUUUAACGAAUCCUAUAGAAGACCCCGACCAGAUACCAAUUGGAGGUUGUCAUCUUCCAGCUUUAGACAUGACCGCGAUAGAAACUCCUUAAACCUUGACCUCCGCGCUGAAGGGAAUACCGGUAGAUGGGACAGCAAUGGACCCAACAGUGACCAGCCCAGCCCCAUGAGAAGCCCCUACAGUAGUCCAGGGCUCAGUCCGGGGACAAGUCCUCACGUCAGUCCUGCUGCUAGAAACCAGGAUCCUUCUGAUGAAUUCCGUUUGCGACAAGAGGCGCUGGCGGCCAGAACAAGACACGAGGCCCAGCUGGCCAGGCGGCGCUACGAGGAGGAAAGACAGAGAACCAAACAGUUACAGAAAGACGCAGUCUUAAACUUCGUCAAGCGAACAUCAGGCUCUAAUAUUGGCAGAGACGAUGACAGUCUUUCUGAUGAGGAUCCAGAAAGGACUCCGACCAACUCAUAUAACAGUUUCACCAUGCCUUCGUUGAAACCCAGAUCAGCGUUCAACCUAACUUCCCCAAAGAACAUAGACGACAUGGAUCCAAAUUUCACCAUCAGAAGAAAGUUGGACAUCAUGAGGGAAGAAAUGCAGGCAGUCGAGGAACUCAGAAGGAAUAUCGAGAGCAGGUUAAAAGUUUCGCUGCCAGACAACCUGGGCACUGCCCUGAUGGACGGAGUGGUGCUGUGUCAUCUGGCCAAUCACGUUCGACCGCGUUCCAUAUCAAGCAUCCACGUGCCUUCUCCCGCUGUGCCCAAGUUGUCCCUUGCCAAGUGCAGAAGGAAUGUUGAGAACUUCUUAGAAGCGUGUAGGAGGAUAGGCGUCCCUAAUGACAUGCUUUGUCAUGAUGAGGACAUACUGGCACAGCGCAACCUUUCCUAUGUGGGAAUAACGGUGCGGGCUCUGGUAGAUUUCCUUCCGUCGUCGUCAGCACCUGCUCUUGACACCCCUCACUGGUCGCAAAGACUCCCGCUGUUUCCUGUCCGUUCCUCUUGCGAACUGAUUGGGUUCCUCCUCUUCUACUUCUCAUUUAUGUUUCUCUUUAUGUUUGUGUACGUCAGGAUCAGCUAUGCCUCCCACACGACAUCUUAGAGGAAAAGGGCCUGGCACGGGUGGGGGUUACAGUGCAUUCACUGCUUAACUGUGCCGGACAAAAGACUAAACAGACGUCUGCUGUGUGACACCCACCUGUAGUGUAGACACCUGGAGCCAGUCUCAAAACUUCAGCCACAUUUGUCAACAGAAUCAGUUCUGAGAGCCAAGAAGUCUCAAGUGUAAGAAAAAUAUAAUUUUGAAAGUAACAAAAGGAAGCAAUAUAAGUCAAGAGUUGCGGCCUGUUCUGACAAAUUUGUCUGAAGUUCUUAGAUGCUCCCUUAGCGAUAGAGACAGGGACUGAAGUUCAAUGUUGUAUCAGCCACAAAGAGGAACACUGAUGUGAACAGAGUGCUUAACAUUCCAAACCCAGAUUGCCACAGUAGGCUUUAUGCACAGUUUCAAAGCACCAGCACUGCACAGCAUAUUGAAGCACCCAGACACUGCACUUAGAAUUUGACUGCAUGUACAUGUAGAUAGGCAGACCCUUUUGAAUCUGUUGUCAGUAUCAUUUGUUUUUCACCUGAAAGUGCUAAAAUACCUUGGAUGGGUAUAUCAGUAUAUAUAUCACAACACACCACCAGGGCCUGACAGUACCUUUACACAGUAUUCUAUGCCUUACCUUCCUCUGUGGCAUGUAUUGUUUAGUCCUUAUCUUAUAAAGGCUAAUCCUAUGUCUUAGCAUUCUCUCAGGAUGAGUAAGAAGCAAAGAAGGCUCAAUAUGGUUGAAUUAAUUUUACCAUACAAAGUUGUGUAUAAUUUGACAAUACAUGUAUUUCUAACAUGGUGGUGGGUUUAUUUUGUUUAUCGUUAAACCAUUGGUGUUGGAUAUAUAUAGUGUAUCUAUCAACGAAAAUCCUGGUACAUUUUGUAUCUAAUGAGAGCAGUAAAAAUGCCAUGAUGGCAUUAUUUUCAGCUCUAACCUUUCUUGCUGCUUGGAGUCUAAAGCCCAAUAUCCCCUUACCUUUCUGGGGUUAUAUUGACAGAUGCAUUAUUCCAAAGAGAACCAUCAGUGUUCCUCUCUGUGGCUUUUCCCCCUCCCUUCAGGAGCUCAACUUACAAACAUUAUUGUUGCUGAGAAGUGUAGAUAUCUUUUGUAUAUUUGUUCACAUAGACAAGAAGUGCCUACUGGGUGUGAAGAUAAAACAAAUGGAGACAUUUUAAUUAGAUUCCCCACAUCAUAUGUUGCAGAAAUAUAGUUGGUCUUUUGUUGUUGUUGUUUUUCUUUUGUUUAUUUUGUGCCAGGUUCUACAUAUCUGUUGGGGACCAUUUCAUCCAAAUUUUUGUAGUUUAAAAGCGAAAUUUUAUUUGUACCAGGGAAUUACAAGUAGAACACAUUUGUUGCAUUGGCAGAAUUGCUAGCUUCUCAUGAAAUGACCUCUGCAUCGAUUACUGUAAGGUUUUUAAGGUACGAUUGGAAUGGUCCCCAACUAAGUUGAUUAGUAUUGGUAUUGGUUGAAUUUCUGUAUAUAUUUGUACUAUAACUGCAUUGUACACUUCUUGCAAUUCUUCAUAAUGCUCCUUGUUAUACAUGUAGCUUCAUGCACUUGUCAGUGUAAACCCAAGGAACAAUAUAGAUGGAGACAAAUAUGAGGGGAUGAAAGAAUGUUUUAUAAUUCCUAAGUACACAAAGACAUUCUUGCAAAAAUAAUUCCUUUUACCACCCAUGAAAUGAUUGUGUUUGAUGUCACUGAUAUAUAGAAUUCAGACUAUGGUGGUUUAUAUCCUCCACCCCAUUGCAUCCUUCUCCCCCUUCGAGGUUUACUAUGACAAGUGCAUUAUUUUGGAAACCUCCAUGUAUAUGAUCCUACUUCAGCCUGUACCAUUUGUGUGGUGGUUGUGUACUUAAUGACUUCUGUAGGGGUAGAGACAUACAGUAUUGCGUAUCUGAAUGUGUAACAGUUGGAACAAAACCCAAGCUGGACAUUCCUAGGUGAAAAACGUCACUACAGAAUUAUGUGUCACUACAAAAUGUAGCACGAGCCAUGAAAUUUUACUCUUAUUUUACACAAACAGAAUUGAGUCAGUUGCACAGUACAUCACUCUAAAAGUCUAAAGCAUUUUGAAAUUUCCUCUGAUUAUUUAUGUAAAUGAACUGAAUCUCCUUCACUCUGGCCAAUCACCUCGCAGUCAGACUUGUGUUUGCAUUUUAUGCCAGCCAAUAGGCUCACUGCCAAAACAGGGUUGGAUGUGUAAAAGAAAAGAAGUCCUUUGUCAUUGUUACUAUGCAUUUUAUUUCAAAAUCGUUUCAUAUCAGUUUAUGUUAAGUGUAACAUAUUCUUCUUUGCUGGCGUUCUUCAACAUUAUAUAACAUAGUCCAUAUACAAAAAGGCAAGAUACAUAUAUAUUUAUGACUCCCUGUUUCCUUUGAGAUGAGAAGUUUCAUACUUCAUAUUUCUUCAUCUUGGCUAUCCUGCAACUGUAUUGGAAUAUUGGAGCACAAAGGAUAGUCUGAAUAUCAUGCUAACUGUUAGAAAAAAGGUUUUUGAAUUUAUUAAAUAUGUACUGAAAGUUACAAAUGUA